UUGUCUGUCUCUUGUUGCCAGGUUGACAGUUGUCUUCGCGCCAUCACAGCUCCACUUCCGCGUGGCCCAGGCUGGCAGUGCGUCUAUCAAGCCCUCGAAGAGUCGCACUCGCCCCGACGGAGUCUGGGGCCGCGUGCUUCCGCGGUGAAGGGUCCAGUCGUCCUGAAUGGCCUGUCGGCUCGCCUGAACGGACCGACGCCGGACCAAAAGAGCAUCGGAAAGUGUCUCUCCGAGUCGCCUGCCGACGACACUCUGGCCGGCGACACAGAACUCUCCACGGACUCGGAGUCAGAACGGCCAUCGUCAUCUUCGAGUCGUCGCGCUACAGCUCUCGACUAUUGGCGUCGUCGAUUGGGCCACUUUGAGCCGGGUCUCGUCAGUCUCGGUCGAAUCGUGACGCCCGACCAAAUGGCAACCGAGGCGGCCAUCAUGGCCGGUCGUUGUGUCUCCCAGGCAACGCAGACUCUGAGUCAUCAGGCGCUCAGUCUGCCCGGCGCUGGGGGCGGCGCGCAGGGGGAGCGCGAAGUGAAGACGCCCGGAAAGGACACUCGACGGCAUCGGGCCAUCCAAGUGAACUUCAUGGAGAGCCAUUUGGAGGAUCGCGAAGCACAGACGGAACUGUGUCUGCUGCCUCCGCUGCGGGCUCUCCGCGUCGACGUCGGCACGCAGUACCUCAGCGCCGACGUCAACACGCCGAUAAGCUUCUUCAGAGGCAGCAAAAUGCUCAACAUCCUGUUUGCUCAUGUUGGCCAACUGCUGUACAGAAGUCUGCAGCGCGGAAUCGACACGAUUCUAACCGAGCGAAACGGUUUCUACACUCCACCACGUCUUGCUGAACUCCCCAUUUUCCGCUUUCCGCGAGACUGUGUCAACCGCCUUCCCAACCGUCUUAUGCAAUAG